AUGUCCAGAGCAUCAUUAGGACAGGUGAUGAGGCAGUUCCACAGCACAUAUAAGAGAGCUGUUCAUAUUAAGAGAUGGUCUGAAUUAUCAAAUGCUGAUAGAAAACAGUUUAUUACGAACUAUGUGAAUCUUUAUAAGGAAAAACAUCCUUGUAGCAAAAGCAAUGUUAUGUAUAAGUCACUUGCGAGCGAUAUGGAUGUAUAUGAUGAUACCCCAUAUGUUUUUGGAAUCCUUUAUAAUGAGAUUCGGUCGGUGCAUCUUGGACAGUCUACAGAUAAUCAAAAGGGUUCAGGACCUAUGGGGGAUCUAGACUUCGCUAAGCUCUUAUACAACUAG